AUGGGAUACACCAGCCACACCCGUCUCACCAGACAAGAUGGCCGACUCUACGCCUGUGUCUCCAGACAAGAUGACCGACUCUACGCCUGUGGCUCCAGACAAGAGGCCGUCCCCGAGCAGCCGCUGUUGUCCCGGAGGCUGUCCCUGAACAGCCCGCUAUUAAACAGGUUCUCCCCACUCAGUGAUGCACCCACUGAGAAACCUGAUGAAAGUGCUCUAGUUAUUGGUGAUUCUAUUGUACGGAAUGUGAAUAUAGAGACACCAGCCACCAUAGUCAAAUGUUUACCGGGAGCCAGAGCGCCUGACAUCUUGGCAAAUUUAAAAGUGCUGGCUAAUGCUAAACGUAAAUACAGUAAGAUUGUUAUUCAUGCCGGCGCUAAUGAUGUUCGACUUCGCCAGUCGGAGAUCACUAAAAAUAACAUUAAAGAGGUGUGUGAACUUGCAAGCACGAUGUCAGACACUGUAAUAUGCUCUGGUCCCCUCCCUGCUUACCGUGGUGAUGAGAUGCAUAGCAGAUUGUCAUCACUCAAUGGCUGGAUGUCUAAGUGGUGCCCACAGAAUAACAUAGGUUUCAUAGACAAUUGGACGAGCUUUUGGGGCAGACCUGACCUGUUUAAAAGAGAUGGUCUUCAUCCCUCCUGGGAUGGCGCCACUCUUCUCUCUAGAAAUAUGGCAAAUAGUCUUAGUGUUUAUACUUGACUAACUGGGGCCCAGGUCAGGAAGCAGACAGACUGGCUAAACCGACCGUCUGCUAGCUGCCUCCCGUCACAGAGGUCAGUUAAUUCUCAGCACAUAGAGACUCUAUCACCUAGAUAUCACACUAUAGAGACUGUGUCUGUUCCCCGAACUAGAAAAUACAAAACGUCCAAACCAAGUUAAGAUUAACAAUUUAAUUGAGGUUCAACAAAUAAAAAACAGAAGCAAUAUGGAUAAACAAAUGAUAAAGCUUGGCUUAUUGAAUAUCAGAUCCCUUUCU